CUCCUCUUCCGUCUUCUCCCCCCAUUGAAGGAUCACCAGCCGCCGCCCCUCCCCCGCGACAGGCGUCGUCAGGACGCCGACGCCGCGCACCGCGCCGCUGAUCGCAGUGACUCCGCCGCAGGAGUUGAUGGGCCUCACGCCGGUCCGGCACGAUAUCCUCCGCACCCCCUCGAGGCAGGCCAGCUACGCCCCCUCGAGGGGCCCGGUGCUCCCUGGCGGCGACGCCCCGCUGGGCUUCUCCAUGGCAGACGCGCUCGGGGACGGCGGCUGGCAGCGCGGCCUGCCCUGCUCCGCCGCGCGCGGCCGCGCCACCAUCGCCACAGUGGUGAGCGCCGGGGGCGCGCCGCGCACGGUGUCGCCCGUCGGCCGCGGGGCCGCCUCGCCGAGGUCGCCGAGGAGCCUCGCACAGCCGCCCGCGGCCCGCCAGCUCGCUCCCGGCAGCGCCCACGCGCCGCCCUGAGCGGCGCGCGCGCCUUGCAGCGGCGCGCGGCCGGCACGUGUCCGGCGUCGUGGCGCCAGGGGCCGGAGAGGCAAAGCUUAUGUUUUUUGUUGUCUUAUUUGUUUCUUCUUCCUCCUCCUUCCUCCCUCUGCCUCUCUCUUCUAUCCUGAUGGUUCCCCGCCUCCCGCCCCCCCCCCCUCCCGCUCCUCCUCCGCCCGCGUCCUCCUGCCUGGACGGGCUUCGCCCCAGGGGAGGGUCGGCUCGGCGCCCGCAGCGCUGGGCCGGAGGCGCCUCUUUCCCUCCCCCCGCGGCGGGUCUGGCGCGAGGGGCUCUCGAAGGCAGCGGCGCCAGGGCCCGCCGCGGGAGCGGGCGUUGGCGCUGGUCCGAGAGGGGGGG